GCUGCACACAGAAGCUGACUGUCUCAUCGGAUCUCAGAUCUGCCAUUGGAGCUGAUGUGAAACAAAGAGCAUGUCUGCAUCCCGGGAGAGAGACGAUAAGGAAGCAGGAGAUAAUGGGCCAGUUUGUAUGUAAAUAGGAUCCUCUGUGCCGCUGUCAGUACUGCUAAGGAGAGGGGGGGGGAAGGAGCAACUGGGGGGGACCCUGUAGCAGGAAAAUCACUGCAAGUAACAACACAGAUCUGCCACAUGGACCUGCUUGUAUGGAAUGAGAAUGAAUGUGAUGUACCCAGACUGCCAGAGGGAGAUUUGGCACCAUCAGAGGAGGGUACCAGACAGCUAGAGCAGCAGCCCACACAUAGACAGCACAACAGAACCACAAGCAAUACAUACACAGCAGACGAUGGAAAGAGAAUUCCGAGCUGCCUGGGCUCAUAAUUUCACGUAAGCAAAAGGCUAAUGUAAUUGCAUUGGGUUUGUCUGCAAAAGUUCUGUCUGGCACUGGGAGCCGUCAGUCUGGAUAAGUUCAACGUUGCACUAUAGUGAGCUGUUGGUGUGGUCCUGAACUUGGUGGGACAUUGGACUCUAGAGCCUGGAAUACCGAUGAUUGCCUUGAUGGAUUGAGCCGGUGCUGGAGCAGGUGAGAGGUUGCUAUGUGAUGCCACAAUAUCAUGAUUAUACAGCUCGAGGUGUGAAGUCACAGCCAGCCUAGAUGUCUACUGCUGAUUAGAUUGGGGGGCGGUCGCUCCUUUCAAUAAGAAGAGAGAGAAGUAGCUUGGAGCUGAGGGCUGCACUGUACUACUUCCCCUUUACACUUAAUCACCCUGCUCCCUCCUAUCCCUGCCCAACAUGGAGAUUAGAAUUUCUCUUACCAUCAGAUUCCAGGCAAAGAUUCAAUCAUCUCCGGGUAAAGUCCUCGCAGAGGAGUGAACAUGGCUCAGAUGGGAGGUUAAUCUGCUGGAGAUCACAGGCACCGUGGGCUCCUUCUUCAUUCUCAUAACGGUCUCAUCCAGCAAGGAGUGGGGGUCUAUAAUUUGGCAGGGACUGUGUGAAUUUUCUUGGGAGCUGGGCUGCGGGAGUUCUGCUGGAGUAGCUCCUCCAAGGAAAAGUCCCGUGGAUGUUAGUGAUGGGCUAGGGAACACUGUCAAGCAGGAGCCCCUGGGAGGAACAAGUGCAUGAGGCAGAGAAUGAGGUGGAAAUUCAGCCCCAGCUGCAGACCUGUGCUCCUCAGACCUGGGGAAUAGCUUGGGAUCACUGGGAUGGUGACUGUUUUCAGCAGCAACAGCAGAAGCAACAAUCUCAGGAUGGGAAGCCCUGCCAGACUUCUACUCCCCUUCCUGUGCGCCCUGGCUGCCAUCAUCCCCCAGGCGUCCCAACAAGUCCUGCGGAUCGGAGGAAUAUUUGAAACAGUGGAAAAUGAGCCAAUUAAUGUUGAAGAAUUAGCUUUCAAGUUUGCCGUCACCAACAUUAACAGGAACAGAACCUUGAUGCCUAACACCACACUCACCUACGAUAUCCAGAGAAUUAACCUCUUUGAUAGCUUUGAGGCUUCCAGGAGAGCUUGUGACCAACUGGCUCUUGGGGUGGCAGCAUUAUUUGGACCAUCUCACAGCUCUUCGGUCAGCGCAGUCCAAUCGAUUUGUAAUGCUCUGGAAGUUCCUCACAUGCAGACACGUUGGAAACAUCCCUCCGUGGAUAAUAAGGACUCAUUCUUUAUCAAUCUCCAUCCGGACUAUGCUGCGAUCAGCAGAGCCGUUUUGGAACUGGUCCUGCAUUAUAGCUGGAAAACUGUUACUGUAGUGUACGAAGACAGCACAGGUUUAAUUCGCCUGCAAGAACUCAUCAAAGCUCCAUCAAGAUACAACAUCAAAAUAAAAAUUCGCCAAUUACCCUCAGGAAACAAGGACGCCAGGACGCUGCUCAAAGAAAUGAAGAAAUCCAGGGAGUUUUACGUGAUUUUUGAUUGCUCGCACGAAACGGCAGCAGAAAUACUCAAACAGAUUCUAUCAAUGGGAAUGAUGACAGAGUACUAUCAUUACUUUUUUACAACAAUGGAUUUAUUUGCUCUAGAUCUGGAACCCUAUAGAUACAGUGGAGUUAAUAUGACUGGGUUUCGGCUUCUUAAUAUUGACAAUCCCCAAGUGUCAUCAGUGGUUGAAAAGUGGUCCAUGGAACGGUUGCAGGCUCCACCCAAACCUGAAACUGGCCUUCUUGAUGGAAUGAUGACAACAGAUGCAGCUUUGAUGUACGAUGCUGUCUAUAUGGUCGCAGUUGCAACACAACGAGCCUCCCAAAUGACUGUUAGCUCUUUGCAGUGUCAUAGGCACAAGCCUUGGAGGUUUGGACCUCGAUUCAUGAGCCUCAUAAAAGAGGCGCGGUGGGAUGGCCUGACGGGUCGCAUCACAUUCAAUAGAACAGAUGGCUUGAGAAGAGACUUUGAUUUGGAUAUUAUUAGCCUCAAGGAAGAUGGAAUGGAAAAGGCUGCUGGUGAAACAGUAAACCAUUUAUAUAAAGUUUGGAAGAAGGUUGGAGUUUGGAAUUCAAACACAGGCCUGAACAUGACGGACAAUUUAAAAGACAAGUCCACUAACAUCACCGAUUCACUCGCAAACAGGACUCUCAUAGUGACCACCAUCUUGGAGGAUCCGUACGUAACGUAUAGGAAGUCCGACAAGCCACUGUAUGGAAAUGACCGAUUUGAGGGCUAUUGUUUGGAUUUACUGAAAGAGCUGUCAACUAUCCUGGGCUUUACCUACGAAGUCCGAUUAGUCGUAGAUGGCAAAUAUGGAGCGCAGAAUGACAAAGGAGAGUGGAAUGGAAUGGUCAGAGAGCUGAUUGAUCACAAAGCGGAUCUUGCUGUUGCCCCUCUCACGAUUACAUAUGUCAGAGAAAAAGUUAUAGACUUCUCCAAGCCAUUCAUGACACUCGGAAUUAGUAUUUUAUAUCGGAAACCCAAUGGUACAAACCCCGGUGUAUUUUCAUUUCUCAACCCUCUUUCCCCUGAUAUCUGGAUGUAUGUGCUACUUGCCUGUCUGGGAGUCAGUUGUGUCUUGUUUGUCAUUGCCAGGUUCACCCCUUAUGAGUGGUACAACCCACACCCGUGCAACCCAGACUCAGAUGUGGUGGAAAACAAUUUCACUUUGCUAAAUAGUUUCUGGUUUGGAGUUGGAGCUCUCAUGCAACAAGGCUCCGAGCUAAUGCCCAAAGCUCUUUCUACCAGAAUAGUUGGAGGAAUAUGGUGGUUUUUUACUCUGAUCAUCAUUUCCUCCUACACUGCUAACCUGGCUGCCUUCCUUACUGUGGAAAGAAUGGAGUCCCCAAUAGACUCGGCAGAUGAUUUGGCCAAACAAACAAAAAUAGAGUUUGGGGCUGUUCGAGAUGGUUCAACAAUGACCUUUUUUAAGAAAUCUAAAAUUUCCACGUAUGAGAAGAUGUGGGCAUUUAUGAGCAGUAGGCAACAAACUGCCUUGGUGAAAAACAAUGAUGAAGGAAUUCAAAGGGUUCUCACUACUGACUAUGCUCUACUGAUGGAGUCAACAAGCAUUGAAUAUGUUACUCAGAGAAACUGCAACCUGACUCAGAUUGGUGGACUUAUUGAUUCGAAAGGUUAUGGAGUAGGGACACCUAUUGGGUCACCCUACAGAGACAAAAUUACCAUUGCUAUACUCCAACUCCAAGAGGAAGGGAAAUUACAUAUGAUGAAAGAGAAAUGGUGGCGUGGGAAUGGUUGUCCAGAAGAAGACAGCAAAGAAGCCAGUGCUUUGGGAGUGGAGAACAUUGGUGGUAUUUUUAUUGUUCUUGCUGCAGGGCUUGUUCUCUCCGUCUUUGUAGCAAUAGGAGAAUUUAUUUACAAGUCCCGGAAAAACAGUGAUAUUGAACAGUGUCUUUCCUUCAAUGCCAUCAUGGAAGAACUUGGAAUAUCUCUCAAGCAUCCAAAACGAUUAAAGAAAAAGCCAAAGGUCAAGGGAAGAUCCACAUUUACAAGUUUGCUGACCUGCCAUCAGAGACGGAUCAUCAGGAAAGAAACAAUGGCUUAGAAUACUAAAACAUUUCCAGGGAGCGAAAAAAAAACUGAACAAAAUCAAUAUGGACAUGGCUGGCAGAAGGAUUUUUCAAAGGAAGGCGUCUCCUUUUUUUAAAAAUCUUUACAUGAUUUUUAUAAUGACCCAUAGAAUUGACACAUUGAGAAUGUGAAUUUCACUCCUAAAUCAUUUCACGGACUUGCUUCCGACAAAACAGUUUUGGAUGUCAAAAUGUCAUUUCAUCUCCGCACUGUACAAAUGAUCUGUGUGCUUUCUAAAAUAAAACACAAACUUUUUUUCAGAGUAA